AACAGUUUGCAAGAGCUAAUUAUUUCAAACAAUGAAAUGCUCCGCGAAAUUCAUCGUGUUGGUAGCUUCUCUACAUCAGCUAUAUUUUUCUGUCAAUUCCUUGGAAUGUCGCUACUGUAGCAGCGCAGAUUAUGACUCUGAUUGUCGCAAAGGGACAGAAAAGGAGACUACAACAUGUACAAUAGCAGGGGAAGAUCACUGUUAUGUGGAAUACAUACUGAAUAAAGGACAAAAACCAUUAUACCGUAGAGGUUGUGCUCCAAGUGACUGGUGCGAACAACAAAUUGAUAACCAUGAUACUGCCCUCAAAUUCUGCAAAGUUUGUCAAGGUUCAAAAUGCAACGACGUGCGCAUUGGUGGUAAAGAUUCUUCCCACAUGUCCUGUAGGAAAUGUCAAAGUGAUACACAUGACAGUGAAUGUCGAAAAGGUCUAAGGGUAAUGGAGAUUGAAGAUUGUGAGCCCGAAGAAACUUGUAUAUAUUCGUAUGUUUUAACCAAUAAAAGGGAUAUAUAUGAAAGAAGAUGUGGCAAUAGCGAUUAUUGCAAAAAACUGGAGGAAACUUAUGGAUAUUAUUCGGUCGAAUCAUGUGACAGUUGUAAAGAAGACUUGUGCAAUAAUGAACCUAUGAAAUUUGUUCUAUGAAUUUUAUUCUAUUUGUCCUCAUGUAUGAAACCUAUAAUUGUAUUCAAAUAAAUACAUCGUACAUUAA